AUGCCCCCCACAAUUGCAACUUCAACUACAACUGUAGCAUCACCUACAACAACAACUGUAGAUGCUUCCACAACCACAGGUGCAGCACCUACUACAUCAAUCACAACUGCAGGUCCUACUACAAUUUUACCUCUUACGACAACCACAACUGAAGCUCCUACAGAAAUCACAACUGUAGCUCCAUCAACACCAAUCACAAAUGCAGGUCCUACAACCAUAUUAACUCCUACGACAACCACAAGUGUAGCUCCUACAGAAAUCACAACAGUUGCUUCUAUAACCCCCACAAUUGCAGAUUCUACUUCAACAACUGUAGCUCCCACAACCACUACAACUGCAGCAGCUCCUACAACAACAACUGUAGCUGCUUCCACAACUACUACUGCUGACCCUACUGCAACAACAACUGAAGCUCCUUCUACAACAACUGUAGCACCAACGACAUCAGCAACAACAGUCCCAAUGACAACUGCAGCUAAUACUUCAACUGUAUCUCCUACAAUGCCAAUCACAACUGCAGCAACAACUCUUGCUCCUACAACCUCUACAACUUCAGCACCCAAUACGUCAUUCACAACUGCAGGUCCUACUACCAUUUUACCUCCUACGACAACCACAACUGAAGCAAAUACAGAAAUCACAACUGUAGCUCCAUCAACACCAAUAACAACUGCAGGUCCUACAACCAUAUUAACUCCUACGACAACCACAAGUGUAGCUCCUACAGCAACCACAACAGCACCUACAACCUUCAACUACAACAACUGCUGCUCCUACGACCACAACUGUAGCUGCUUCUACAAACAAAACAGCAGCACCUACUACGUCAAUCACAACUGCAGGUCCUACUACCAUUUUAACUCCUACGACAAGCACAAUUGA